AUGAGCUUGCUAUGCGCGUCGGCGCUGAAUCUGAAUGUUGGAAUGUUUGAUGAGAAGUUUGGAAUUCAUGAAUAUUCUUACCAAAGCUUUAAAGUGGUCAAUAUCAAAGACAGAAGACUGGGAUUACUGUUCCUCUCAUUUGAGAUCGCAAUCGCCGUCUAUGUGUUGUGGAACAUCUUUUCCAACGGUCUCUACUUGCAAAAGACAGUUCCGAUUACUGGUUCAAUCCGAAUCAGCUUUCAAACACCUACAAAUUACAAGAGUCUUGCUACACCCUCAUAUUGUACACCAACAAGUACCAUUGCUGGAUGCCUCUUUUUGAACGCCGAGCAAAUUGCAUACCCUUACGCCGGCCAAGAAGGAGAGAUUUUCCUUACAACUCGUGUCUCAAUUUCAAACACCGGAGUUCCCACAGGCGGCUGCAAUUACGCAACACCUGCUACCGCAGCGUAUGGAUGUACACCACCUCCAGCAAACACUUUAAAUCAGACAACUUACUAUGUUGCCAACGUCGAGGCUUUCACUUUGAUGAUCGAUCACUCUGUCAGAGGACAAGUUGCUAGUGGACUUCUUUUACAAGCAACCGUUCCGACAACCGUCGGAAAGGACUCUAACCCUGCAAUGCAGGGAAAACUUUUGGGUGGCUGUUCUGGUUCCUCAUCUGCUCCCGUCGUCCUGGAAUGGAAUUCCACCACUCGCGCCUCGGCUCUUGCAGCUGGAUUGCCAGGAGAUGUCAUAACUUUUGGACAACUCUUAACUGCGUCUGGGUGCAGUGGGGCAGCAGUCAACCUCGAUGCCAAUAGCUCUUCUGUUACUGCUAAAACUGGCGAAUCUUUACGAUCUACUGGAUCCAUUAUCAGUGUGCCAAUCGUGUACACGAACAGACAAACCACGGGUGCCUGGAACGACCUGAAGUACACCUACGUCCCUGCGUCAGUAGAUGGUGAAGAAUACAAGAUAAUUGAGAGGAUUCCACAAGCCGAUGGAAGCAUUACUUAUUGGAAUCGCCACGGAGUGCAGAUCAUUCUCACCCAGUCGGGAGAGAUUGGAGAAUUCAACUUCCUCACCUUCCUUUCCAGCCUUGUUGGUGGUACGGUGGUCGUAAACGUUGUAGAAGAGCAACGUGAUGGCUUUGGUCUUGCAUUGCUCCACGUCGCCACUACAAUCACUGAUAUUGUCAUGGUUCGCUGCUUGCCUCACGCCGCAUUGUACAAGGAAUCCAAGUAUGAAGAGACAGAGGACUUCAGUGACAUUAGACAGGAACUCAAAGAAAUCAAGCAACGUCGCAAAUUCAACUCUCACCAAGCCGAAGAACAAGUCAAUCCUCUGACCCCUACCACUCCUGCUGCAAAUGGAAAGGUCCAGCCAAGUGCUCCCAUGGAAGUUCAAUCUUCUGCACCCUUGAACGGUACAAGUUACGCACCUCCAACCUACGAUCCGGCCACCAAUGUCUAUGGAAACCCACCACAACAACUACAGCAACACUACCCUGCUACGGUUGUGUAUGCCUAUCCUCCUCCUGGUACGCAACAAAAUGUUCUAUAUCAGCAACCUCAAGCACCACCACCACCUGCCUCAUACUAUUGA